AUUAUAAAGAGAGGGAAAGCUGUCAAAAUAUCCGACAUUUAUUUCUCUUCCACAGCUCUUCCUUCAAAGAUUCUUAUCAGAUACCCCUCGUGUGCUCUCUCUUCCCUCCAUUAAUGCCCUCUUCACUCUUUUUCUGAAACUUUAACCUCCACCACCCUUUCUCUUCUCUGUCAUAACCCCUUUUUUCCUCUAUAUAUACACUUACGUCUAUAAAUGUUUCCCUAUACACUUUGCCUUCACAUAUAGCUACCUUCUUUCCUCUCAUGGCACUUCUUUUCUAUCUCCUUUUCUGGGUUUCUUUCUCAGCUCUCAUCUUUAUCAUUCACCGGACUUCCCGCUACGGGCGGCUCCGGUUGCCGCCGGGGAACCUGGGUCUUCCCUUUCUUGGAGAGACUCUGCAGUUGAUAUCUGCAUACAAGACUGAAAACCCAGAACCGUUCAUCGAUGAAAGGGUGAGCCGAUUCGGUUCUUUGUUUACCACCCAUGUUUUUGGUGAACCGACGGUGUUCUCGGUCGACCCGGAGACGAACCGGUUCAUCCUGCAAAAUGAAGGGAAGUUGUUUGAAUCUAGCUACCCAAGUUCGAUAUCAAACUUGCUAGGAAAACAUUCUUUGUUGCUGAUGAAGGGUAGCCUCCAUAAAAAAAUGCAUUCUUUAACCAUGAGUUUUGCUAAUUCCUCCAUUAUCAGAGACCAUCUUUUGGUUGAUAUAGACCGGUUGGUCCGGCUCAACUUGGAUUCUUGGACCGACCGAGUUUUCCUCAUGGAAGAGGCGAAGAAGAUAACAUUUGAGCUAACAAUGAAGCAACUAAUGAGCUUUGAUCCAGGGGAAUGGACUGAGGGUUUAAGGAAAGAGUACUUGCUUGUUAUUGAAGGAUUUUUCACUGUGCCUUUGCCCAUCUUCUCCACCACAUACCGCAGAGCCAUCAAAGCUAGGACUAAGGUGGCAGAGGCUUUAAGCUUGAUAGUGAGGCAAAGAAGGAGAGAAAGUGAAGCAGGAGAGAGAAAGAAUGACAUGUUAGAAGCUCUUCUCUCCGCCGAUGAUGGUGGCUUCUCCGAUGAGGAAAUAGUAGAUUUCUUGGUAGCUCUGCUUGUUGCUGGCUAUGAAACCACCUCUACCAUCAUGACUCUUGCCGUUAAGUUCCUCACUGAGACUCCUCUUGCUUUGGCUCAGCUCAAGGAGGAGCAUGAAGGGAUUAGGGCCAAAAAAAGUGAGGGAGAAGCUCUCAAGUGGAGUGAUUACAAGUCAAUGCCUUUUACUCAAUGUGUUGUUAAUGAGACUUUGAGAGUAGCAAACAUAAUUAGUGGGGUAUUUAGAAGAGCAAUGACAGACAUUAAUAUAAAAGUAUCAUGUCAAUGCAAUUCAGGUUACACAAUUCCUAAGGGAUGGAAGGUUUUUGCUUCAUUUCGAGCUGUACAUCUAGAUCAUGAUCACUUUAAAGAUGCUCGAACUUUCAAUCCAUGGAGAUGGCAGAGCAAUUCAGGAGCAACAAGUCCAGCAAAUGUGUUCACUCCAUUUGGAGGAGGGCCAAGGCUAUGCCCUGGAUAUGAGCUUGCUAGGGUAGAACUCUCUGUUUUCCUUCAUCACCUGGUAACAAGUUUCAGUUGGACUCCUGCUGAGGAAGAUAAAUUGGUGUUCUUUCCAACAACCCGGACGCGGAAACGGUACCCCAUUAACGUGCAUCGUCGAAACCAUGUAAAGAGUUAGAACAGGAGAGGAAGCAGGAAGAUGAGUAAAAGAAGGUAGAAGAGCAUGUAAUCCUUUUAAUGCUGAAUCCAAAUAAAACCAAGAGCAUAUGUAAAUUAUCAAACUAACAUGUGUUUUAAGUUGUGGAAUCAACGAAUAGUUGCCAAAUUGGGCAUCAUUUGCCUCCAAAGUUGGGAUUGUGGAGCAAUCAUCUCUGUUCUCACUAGGGCAAUGGAAGGAGGAGGAUACAAUGAAACUUUAAUGAGUGCCCGACGAUAAUGAAAUAACAUAUCUCUUGCUACA